GAACUUACUAAUGCAUAUCACGGCGCAUUGUGUAAUAGGCCGUAUGAGACAAAGAUGAACAGUGUUAAAUAUAUUGGGUACACGAUCAGUCUCAUAUCAAGACCUGAUAUACGUUACGUAGACAUACUUAACAAUAUCAAUUUUGCAGGCUCAACUAUAAACCUUGUACAGACUAUAAGUAACAAUUGUUUAGUAUCAAGCAAUAACCAACUUCUUGGAAGGAGUGGCCAUCUUGUACAACAAAAUGACAGAGAUCGUGGCAGUAGAAGAAACCAUAACCAAAGAUAUGAUCUCAGUAAAAUUCUCAUUCCACAAUCGGAUUUUAAUUUUGAAAUGUCAAAUGCCAAGUGCAACAAAAAAGACCUUGCCAAAAAGGUUAAGAUUACUCCUAACCAUAAUCUUAAAGAUGAAAAUUGCGUAGAUGGCAUUGAAUUUGGUCCAGAAGAGGAGGAUGAUGAUGCGAUUGGAAUGACAAGGACCCAGAAAUUGUUUAUGGCUGAACAAAAACAGAAACAACCUGAAGAAAAACAUUUGAAUCUCGAAGCUUUUGAGCAAUUUUCGAUAGAUAGUGAAAGAUAUUAUAGUGAUUAUCGCAAUUGUUGUAAAAGUUGGGGCAAAUAUUGUGGUGGCUGUGAAAUCCGUGAAGGAUACUCUAACCGCUAUAUAGGGGAAUAA